AUGGCAUCGGACAACAAUCCUGUCAUCUAUGACUACUCUCCUUACUUUCUCGUCUACAAAGACGGCUCUGUCAAGCGGCUCAAGGCCGAGGAGCAAACGCCGGCCGGCCUCGACCCCCUCACUAACGUCGACUCCAAGGAUAUCCGCAUUUCCGCCGAUGUCUCCGCCCACAUCUAUCUUCCUCCUAUCAAUAUCAACUCUAAUAGCACAAAGCUCUCCCUCAUCCUCUACUUUCGCGGCGGCGGCUUCUGCAUAUUCUCUUCUGCCUCCCCCAUCGUCCACCGCCAUCUCAAUGGCCUCACGGCCGUCUCCUCUUCUAUCAUCCUCUCCGUCGACUACCGUCGCGCACCGGAACACCAUAUCCCUGUGCAAUAUGAUGAUUGUUGGGCUGCUCUCGAAUGGGUCGCAUCCCAUCGCAGCGACGCCGGGUUGAUCUCCAGUUAUAGCUUGAAGCUAGCAGGGACGAUACUACUAGAUCCUUACUUCUGGGGGAAAAAUCUGACAGCCUCAGAGAAAACAGCCGAUCCAGUAUUAAGGAAGAAGUUGGACCAACUGUGGGGAAUGAUUUGCCCUGAGUCGACGGCCGGGAAUGACGACCCGCGCGUGAAUCCCUUGGCGGCGGGAGCGCCGAGUUUGGCAGAUCUGGGGUGCACGCGAAUGCUGCUGUGCACGUCGGAGAAGGACGCGAUGAGGGAUCGAGCGCUGAUGUACUAUGAGGCGUUGACAAAGGGUAGUGAGUGGCGUGGGACGGCGGAGUUGUAUGAGGCGGCAGGGGAGGAUCAUGAAUUCUAUCUGAAUCAUCCAGACAGCAACAGCACUGCUAAGCUCCGUGCCAGAAUCGCAGCCUUCUUGACUUGA